UAACAAUUACCUUACUACGCACAGAAUUGUGACGUAUACACAAACGUUGUUAUUAUCAACCAUUUUGUUGAACAAGUCCAAACGAAGCGGGCAUUAAUAACGAUCAAAAAUGUCACAACAAGGAGCUGCUUUACAAAGUUACAAUAAUGAACUUGUGAAAUGUAUUAAUGAUCUCUGUGGCAAGAGAGAUGAACUUCACAAACAAAUUCUCCAAGAAGAAGAAGAAAAACAGAAACUGCAAAAUGAUAUUAGAAUACUUACUGAGAGACUGGCUAAAGUAAAUGAAAGUUUAAGUAAGAAAAUGGCAUCUAGGAAUGAUUUUGACAAAACUAUAGCAGAAACAGAAUCAGCAUAUAUGAAGAUACUUGAAAGUUCCCAGACUUUGUUAAAUGUUCUGAAGAAGGAAUCACAGACCCUACGAGAGAAAUCAGUUCCAGGGCAGAGAGCCGUGCAGUCUUAAUACGUCCCUGAAAACAGAGUGAUUUAUGUAUAUGUGAAUUUGGUUAAACAUGAAAGGUGCCCUUAUAGCUGUUGUGAUACAUAUCUAAAAAAAAAAAAUAAUAAUAAUAACCAACAGUUUUAUUUGUUUUUAUGAUUAAGCAUUAGCAAAAAUAGCUCUAUAUGUUUUGGAAGAAGGGUAUUUUAAAGAUUUUGAAAAAGUGGUUAAGUUUUCCACAGUACGUUUCAGGGAUAACUGUUUAUGUCACUUUUUGAUGCAUGUAUGUUUUGCACAUUAGUUUUAUCAUUUUUUUUACUUCACUCACCAAGGGACUUAAAUGCAUUUUCACUUCUGCAAGUUGUGUCAUAAUGAUUGUUACUUUUCAUGCUCAAUUUCAUUUUUGAAAGAGAAAUCUCAGCUGUUUUUGGUAUAGAUAAUUAUAAGUUUUAUGUAUAAAGGUAAUUUAUCAAUUUUGACGACACUGGUGUUGAUGCAUUUUUAUUUUUACAUACUUUUUGUAAUCAGUUAUAUUUUGAAGAAGAAAAUUCUCAGUCGCUUUGGAAAGAAUAGUGGAAAAAUAUUUGAUGAUGUAGUUUUGCCGUAUGAAGUGCUCAUUGCUUUUUUUCAUGAUGAGUGAACUUUGUUUUGAAACUCUCUCAACAAUUUAGACAUAAAGAUAUUUGCAGUGAUGCCACUUGAUUUAAAAAAAGACUGCAUAAUAAUUUUGCAUAAAGUUUGAAAAGUGUAAUUAAUAUAUAUAAUGGUUAACAUUUUGAGAAUUUAGAAUGUACCGGUAAAAGUAGAAUUCGAUGGUAAUUUGUUUGAUUUCCACAAGACUGAUUGAUAUCAAUUUUAUCUUGGAGCAAGACUUGUUCAGUCCCGAUUUAGAUCAGUUCCAAAGGUUUUAAAAACUGAUUUGGAUGUAUAGUUUGAUGGCGCAAUGUUUCAUUUCUCGGAGACAAACUGAUUUCACACCAUUUCCUAUCACAGCUCUGUGUUAUUGUAGUUGGAUGGUUUUUUUCUUCAGCUACUGACAUGGCGAUAGCAAUUAUGAAAAUUUAUCUUGGUGAUCCAUUCAUUUCAUGUUGUACAUUAUAAAAAACUUAUUUUUUGAUUUGUAACAAAAAUUGAGACAGAAAGCAAACAAUGACAAUAGAUUAUACACAUGAAAGUUUAACAACAGUGUUUUUCAAAGAGUGGGAAAACAACUUGCUAAUAGGUGAAAAAAUCAGUUUGCGUUUGAAAAUAAAAAGGAAAAAAAACUUAAA